UCAAUUUGGACAGAAACAGGCCGGGAAGGUCAGCACUGCGAGCAUUUCAUCCUUGUUGUCAUUUUGUUUCUCAGUUGCAGCAGAAAAACAUCGGCUCCAACAUGUCCAACGAGAUGGUUUUCGUGCCGUGGAACCAGAACAUCUCGCUAGAGGGCGUCAGGAAGAACUAUGACGGUUGGGCUACGUCAUAUGACCGGGAGUAUGCCGAGUUGGGCUAUAUAGCCCCACGGUGUUGUGCUGAGACUCUAGCCGAGACUUUUACAGGGCCGGAUCGGAGGCAGAUUCGGAUCCUGGAUGUGGCGGCUGGGACCGGACUGGCCGGGGAAGAGCUUCAAAAGAUGGGCUUUACCGACAUGGACGCUGUCGACUGCAGCCAGAAAAUGUUGGACGAGGCAAAAGUAAAGAACAUCUACGGACGACUGAUCUGUGACUUUGUCGGUCCGGAACAACUGGACAUAGAGAACGACACGUAUGACGCCAUCGCAUGCUGCGGCGGGUUCGCCACCGGUCACCUGAAGGACGACUGUUUCCCGGAGCUCAUCCGUGUCGUCAAGCCGGGAGGAAUAAUCUGCAUCAUCAUGCGAGAAGAGUUCCUCCACACACUGGAGGCGUACAAGGACAAGUUGGAGCCCGCCAUGGCCCGGCUGGAGCAGGAGGGACUCUGGGAACGAGUUUCACGUGACGUCUUCCCGGACUUCUACCCGAACAAGACCGGAGUUCGCUUCGUCUUCCGAGUCCUGUAAUAUUGCCAGACAUCGGCACGAACCGAGCUCUUUCAAUGUAAUAAAAUAUUGGGGCCUCAGCAAACUUCCACACUAUUAUCAUUAUUAAAUGUUUUAGCAAUAGGUAGUUGGCUUGGUAAUACGUAUGUUUCCUUAGCAAACAUUCUACAGUGUUCAGUGAAGCAUAAUUGACCUUGGCAAAAAUACAGCACUAUCGUUUCAGUAA